AUGGGUACUGGGAACUGCACUGUGUUUACAGAAUUCAUGCUCUCAGGACUUUCCAGCAGGCAGGAUGUACAAUGUGGACUCUUUGUGCUUUUUCUGCUAGUCUAUGGCAUCACCGUCAUUGCCAACGUAGGGAUGAUCCUGUUGAUCAGGGUAGACUCCAGACUCCACACACCCAUGUACUUCUUCCUGAGCAAUCUGUCUUUCUGUGAUCUCUGCUCUUCCACCAGUGUCUCCAUCAAGAUGCUUGCUGAUUUCUUCUCUGAGCACAAAAAGAUUUCAUAUCCACUAUGUGCUAUCCAGAUGUAUUUCUGGGGAUCCUUCACAGAUACAGAAUGCCUCAUGUUGGCUGUCAUGGCUUAUGACCGCUACGUAGCUAUUUGCAACCCACUGCUUUAUACAGUUGUCGUGUCCAGGAGAAUCUGUACCCAACUAGUAAGUGUAGCCUACAUGACUGGUUUUGUGGAUACAGCAAUCCACACUUGUCUUAUCUUUCAAUUAUCUUUCUGCAGUUCUAAUGUCAUCAACCACUUCUUCUGUGACAUUCCACCUUUGUUAGCUCUCUCCUCCUCAGACACAACAAUUAAUGAACUACUGUUAUUAACUCUGGCUAGCAUUAUCCUGGCAUGCAGCAUCUUCCCCAUCCUCCUCUCCUACAGCUGCAUCCUUACUACCAUCCUCAGGAUGAAGUCAGCUGAGGGGAGACGCAAGGCCUUCUCUACCUGUGCCUCCCACCUAACUGCCGUGGUCAUAUUUGUGGGCACACUCGUCUACAUGUAUUUCAAACCCAGCUCAAGUGACUCCAUGGAACAGGACAAAAUGGCCUCUGUUUUCUACUCAAUCGUCAUCCCUAUGUUAAACCCACUGAUCUACAGCCUAAGGAAUAAAGAUGUGAAAGACGCCCUGAAGAAGCAAUCAGCACUGGUUAAACCACGAUGA